AGAUGGAGUUUCACCGCAUAAACUCGGCACCAACAAAACCACUCCCCAAUCCCCAUUGCCCUUUCUAGCUAAUACAUUUAGGAUCAGUAUCACCGAAUUCGAGAUACAAUAAUUUUAUUGGACAAAUUACAGAAAUUCAAACAGAAAAAUCUCAGUACGUUUUGAGUCUGUGAGCUCUGUUUCUUUCUUCGCCUUCUCCACCUUGUCUCUUUCAGUCUUUCUCCCUCCGUCUACCUCUCACCACCUCCACGUUGCAUGUCGUUUUACUUAGAUUCCUGACGCGUUUUGCUUCUCAUUGCAUUUCCACUCCUUUUUCCAUAUUCAUUCAAAAUACUAAUUAUUAUUUGGAUAUAAAAUAUAUUUUUUUAUAAGAGUAGUUUAUUCUCCAUUUCUCAACUUCCCCAAUUUGUGCGACUCCUCCACACAACCGUCAGUUUUUCUUUGCUGGCACGAAAAUAAGAUAUUCACAAAAAGAGUUGUCGCAUUUUUAUUAAUUCAAUGAAGGGAAAUGAAAGAUAUGAGCGGCGGUGGGGCUCCGACGGAAAUCCAGCCAGCGGAGGAUCCUCGCCGGCGACGGAGUUCUCCGCCGAUUCGGCGGCGGAGUUCGUCGAAGUCACGCUCGAUCUCCAAGACGACGACACGAUCAUUCUCCGCAGCGUCGAGCCAGCCACCGCGAUCAGCAUCGACGGUAAUGACGUUAUCUCCGGCAUCGAGACUCCUGCGCCGUCGUCUGCGUCUCGAUCUCCGACCAUGCGCCGGAGCACUUCGAACAAGCUUCUCCAGUUCUCUCAGGAGCUCAAGGCGGAGGCGCUGGCGAAGGCGAAGCAGCUGUCGCAUGAGCUGAGGAGGUUCUCGUGGAGCCACGGGCACGCGUCGCGGAUACUCUCCGGCGCCGGCGCCGGCGCAGGGAACGGCGGAUUGGACUCCGCCAUGGCGGCGAGGGCGAUGCGCCGCCAGCGCGCGCAGCUCGAUCGGACGCGCUCCGGCGCUCACAAGGCGCUGCAAGGACUUAAAUUCAUCAGUAACGGCAGAAACAACCGCGUUGAUGCGUGGAACGAAGUUCAGAUCAAUUUCGAGAAGCUCGCCAAAGACGGUUACCUUCAUCGCGCUGAUUUUUCGCAAUGCAUAGGGAUGAGAGAUUCGAAGGAAUUUGGGCUGGAGUUGUUCGAUGCAUUAAGCAGAAGAAGAAGAUUGAAAGUCGAUAAGAUCAGCAGAGAUGAGCUUUACGAGUUCUGGUCACAGAUUACUGAUCAAAGUUUUGAUUCGAGGCUCCAGAUUUUCUUCGACAUGGUGGACAAAAAUGAGGAUGGUCGGAUCACCGAAGAGGAAGUUAAGGAGAUUAUUAUGCUUAGUGCAUCUGCAAAUAAAUUGUCGAGAUUGAAAGAGCAAGCCGAAGAGUACGCAGCUCUAAUCAUGGAAGAGUUAGACCCUGAAAGGCUUGGCUACAUUGAGCUCUGGCAGCUGGAAACACUACUGCUACAGAAGGACACAUACCUCAACUACAGCCAAGCUCUAAGCUACACAAGCCAAGCCCUCAGCCAAAACCUCCACGGCCUCCGAUAUCGAGGCCGGAUUAAGAGACUAAGCACUAAAUUAAUUUACUUUUUGCAAGAAAAUUGGAAGAGAAUUUGGGUGCUAACGCUGUGGAUUAUGAUAAUGAUUGGACUCUUCACGUGGAAGUUCUAUGCGUACAAACAAAAGAAUGCGUUCAAGAUCAUGGGUUAUUGCCUUCUCACGGCUAAGGGUGCAGCCGAGACUUUGAAAUUCAACAUGGCGCUCAUAUUAUUGCCUGUGUGUAGGAACAUCAUUACUUGGCUCAGGUCCUCUAAGAUGGGCCAUUUUGUGCCCUUCGAUGACAACAUCAACUUUCAUAAGACUAUAGCUGCAGCCAUUGUAGUUGGUAUCAUACUCCAUGCUGGAAACCAUCUUGCUUGCGACUUUCCAAGGCUUAUAAAUGAGUCGGAUUACAGAUACAACCUGUAUAUGAUUCACGAUUUUGGUCGUCACAAGCCACAGUAUAUGGACCUUGUUAAAGGGAUCGAGGGUGUGACAGGGAUCCUCAUGGUGAUCCUUAUGAUAAUUGCUUUCACAUUGGCAACACGGUGGUUCAGGCGAAGUCUUAUUAAGUUGCCUAAGCCAUUUGACAGGCUCACGGGCUACAACGCUUUCUGGUAUUCACACCACCUGUUUGCCUUGGUCUACAUCCUGCUCAUCGUCCAUGGCACUUUCCUUUAUCUUGUUCACGACUGGUACAAAAUGACGACAUGGAUGUAUCUUGCUGUCCCUGUACUCCUCUAUGCCGGAGAAAGGACCCUUAGAUUCUUCCGGUCAGGCUUCUUCAGUGUCCGGCUUUUGAAGGUAGCAAUUUAUCCAGGAAAUGUACUGACGUUGCAAAUGUCAAAGCCUCCGCAGUUUAGAUACAAGAGUGGUCAGUACAUGUUCGUCCAGUGCCCAGCUGUUUCCCCAUUUGAAUGGCAUCCAUUUUCGAUUACCUCUGCACCUGAUGACGAUUAUCUUAGCAUUCACAUAAGGCAGUUGGGUGACUGGACACAAGAACUUAAGAGGGUGUUCUCUGAGGCGUGCGAACCUCCUCUUUCAGGGAAGAGUGGGCUGCUCAGGGCCGACGAAAAUACCAAGAAAAGUUUACCAAAGCUACUGAUAGAUGGUCCUUAUGGAGCUCCUGCGCAAGAUUACAGAAAGUACGACGUGCUCUUACUUGUUGGUCUUGGUAUUGGAGCGACGCCUUUCAUCAGCAUCCUUAAAGAUUUACUCAACAAUAUUGUCAAAAUGGAGGAGCUGGCUGAUUCAUUAUCAGAUUUCAGCAGGCACUCGGACCAGAGUGUGGGCUCUUUCGAGUCAACGUUGAACAAGAUAUCUCCCAAACGGAGGAAACCAGUAAGGACUACUAAUGCUUACUUUUAUUGGGUCACGAGAGAGCAAGGGUCCUUUGAUUGGUUCAAAGGCGUCAUGAAUGAAGUGGCUGAGCUCGACCAAAGGGGUGUGAUUGAGAUGCACAAUUAUCUAACCAGUGUAUAUGAAGAAGGCGAUGCUCGUUCAGCUCUCAUCACUAUGGUUCAGGCACUCAACCAUGCUAAAAAUGGGGUUGACAUUGUGUCCGGCACAAGGGUGAGAACGCAUUUCGCAAGGCCUAAUUGGAAGAAAGUCCUGUCUAAGAUCGGUACCAAGCAUGCCAAUGCAAGAAUAGGAGUUUUCUACUGUGGCGCGCCGGUAUUAGCCAAGGAGCUUAGCAACCUCUGCUAUGACUAUAAUCAGAAGGGGUCGACGAAAUUCGAGUUCCACAAAGAGCACUUCUAAGAGGAAGUUACAAACAUUCAAGGCUUUAGUAGUAGUAUAUAUUUGUGACAUUCUUGGCGUACAGAGUCUCUCCAUUUCACAGAGUAAGACGAAGUAUACGCUUGGAGGAAAUAAUAUUUUGUAUAGAUUUUGAUAGGAUACCAUAGUAGAAUUACAGAAAAAUGUAUACGUACAAGUUGAGUAUAUAUAAAAUAUUUUGGUUAGUCAA